CGCGGCGCGGCUGACCCGGGCUCGCCGGGCAGGGACGGUCACCCGGGGAGAGGCGCCCGCCCGCAGGGUCACGGCGGCGCCCGAGCCUCAUUGGGUCGCGGUUUGCGGGGUGGGGCCCCUCGCGGGGACCAUAAAAAGGCGGAGGACGGGGACCUGGCUUCGCUGUCGCCUUGGGGACGGUUCCUCCGGCACAGCUGCGAAGGCUGCACAGGCGGACGCGUCUGGGGUCCCGCCCCGCGCCCUCCGCGCCCUCCGCGCCCCGUGCGCCCCUGCACCCCCCGGGCAGGCCGGCUGCGGUUCGCACGCGGGGCUGUCCCUGCCUCCCAGCGCACGGCCCCUGCUCGGGAGCGGCGGCGCCAUGGCCUUGCUGUGGCUCGCGGUGCUUGUGAUGUCUGUCUGUCUGCUGCGCUCCGAGAAAGAUCCAGAUUCACCGAUUAAGAACCUCAGGAUGGAGCCGGGAAGCAGGAGACUGACCUGGGACCUCAGUGGAAAUGUCUCUGAAAUUAAGUGUUUCAUCAACUCAAAAUAUAUCACUAAGGCCAUCGACAGCCGUUACUGCCAGUUUUAUGUGCUUCCCUUAUGUGAAGUGAAAAACUUCACCAUCUCCGUGAAGCAAGACCCGCCGUUCUCCACGGGGCUUCAGUACGUCCCGCGAGGUGCAGAAGGAAAGCCGGCGGCGGCCGCGCGGGGCCUGGACUGCUGGGUGCACGACGUGGACUUCCUGACGUGCAGCUGGGAGGUGGGCAGGGCGGCCCCCGGCGACGUGCAGUACCGCCUGUACUGGCGGGACCUGAAGGCCUACCGCGAGCAGGAGUGUCCGCGAUACGAGGCGGACGAUCGGGGCGUCCACGUCCGGUGCCGGUUCGAUGACGUGUCCAGGUUGCAGAGGCACAUCCAGUUCUGGGUGAACGGCACCAGCCGACGCUCCGGAAUCCCCUGCUCCGACCUCUGUGUCGAAUUACCGGAAAUCGAGAGAUUAAGUCCACCCCACAUCACUGCAACGUGUAAUAAAUCCUAUUCAAUGAUGGAGUGGAAAGUAUUAAGCCACUUCAAUCACAGAUUUCUGUAUGAACUUCAAAUACAAAAGGGCACCGAUCCUGCGUCCACGGAGAAGCUCUACGAAAACCACUUCGUGAUUUACAAUCCCGGAAACUACGUGGCGAAACUAAAGGUGCAGGGUUUCUUCCGCAAAGACUGGAGCGAAUGGAGCGCCCCCCAACUCUUUGUGUGUGACCCCAAGGAUGAGCACCGCCGUGACUGGCUGGUGUCAGUACUGGUCUUGCUGGGGACACUGCUGGUCCUGGGACUCGUGGCCCUGCUGUGUAGAAGUUUUGCAGAAACUCUUCCCUCCCAUCCCUCACAUGAAGGACCCCAUCACGGACAACCUCCAGAGCCCCAAGCUGGAGCACUGGGACACCAGCAGAGCCAGCCAGGAGGACUGUCCGGUGGCCGAGGUGCACAUUUUGGGGGAAACAUGAAGCGGGACCUCAGACGUCCUUCCCCGAUUGGCCAGGAGCCCGGAGGAGGGAGCCCGGAGGAGCGUAGUGGGCUGGGGAGGGAACACCUGUGUCAGGCUCAUCGUGUAAAUAAAGGCCUCUUGCACCCAGUCCCUGAACUCCGGGGAGGGGGAUCCAGAUAGUCAUGUGGGGCCCUG